UAUUUAUAUAUUAUGUAGCUGUUCUGUGCAAAAACCAUGUACCCGUUAAUCUGCAAUUAAUUAAGAUUUGUUCUUAAAAUGACAGCGUGGAACUUUCAUUAUCAGUCUGCUAAAAUCGGAGAUACUUUGGAGGUCCCCAUAAGCUAAUUCUGCUCUAAAAGAAACCCUUCUGCACUGUCAACAUGCCGACAGUGGUCCUUAUGGAUGCGUCUCUGUCAAUGACUCGUCCUGUGUCUCUGGACCAAGGCAGUGAGGAGUUACAGAGGAAGAACCUGGCUGUGGCUGGCCUCACCAUGCUGUUUGAACACAUGGCUUCCAACUACCGACUGGAGUUCACUUCUUUAGUGGCGUUCUCCUCUCUGUGGGAACUACUUGUGCCUUUCACCAGGGACUACAACACACUGCAGGAGGCCCUGAGUAACCUGGAGGACUAUGACAAGACGUGUCUGGAAGCAGCUCUACAUGGAGUCAGCAAUGUGGUGCAGCAGGAGUGGGGCCACGCCUGUCCUACACAGGUGGUGCUGGUGACCGAUGGCUCUCUGGGGAUCGGUAAAGGCUCUCUCAGACACUCUCUACAGACCCUGAAACAACGACCGGAGGAUAAGAAGUUCCCCCUGCCCUUCCCUUUCCCAGCCAAGCUGUUCAUCAUGUGCAUUGCCAGUGCAGAGGAGUUACAGAUGACUGACACCAUGGACAACCUGGAGAAGCUUCUCCAACUGAACGGAGGAGAUGGCCAGAUCUUCACCAUGGAGGGCCAACUCUGUCUGAAGAGUGUUCAGUCCAUGUUUGGCCGUCUGAUAGAUGCAGCCUACUCGCCGUUCCACGCGGUGCUGCGCUGUGGGAACCUCACCUCUGACGUCCAGGUGUUCCCCAGACCAGAACCCGUGUUCCUGGAUCAAGAGGUCGACCCUCUGCCCAAACACGUCCUCACGGACCUGGAGAUUGUGGGAUUCAUUGAGAUCGGGGACAUCUCCAGCCCCCCUGUGAUAUCCAGACACCUGGUCCUGCCCAUCGCCGUCAGCAAAGAGGUGGAUGAUGUGGGUGCUGGGGCCCCAGAGGAGCUGGAGGAGGAGACGUCAGCCAACCAGCAGGCAGGGAAGGCGCCCAACUUCUGUGUCCUCCUCCAUGGUAGUCUGAAGGUGGAGGGCAUGGUGGCGCUGGUGCAGGUGGGUCCGGAGUGGCAUGGCAUGCUUUACUCUCAGGCUGACAGCAAGAAGAAGUCCAACCUGAUGAUGUCUCUGUUUGAGCCUGGGCCAGAACCACUGCCCUGGCUGGGGAAAAUGUCUCAGCUGGGCCCCAUAUCAGACGCAGCAGAGAACCCGUACGGGGAGGAUGACAGCAGGAGUCCGUUCCCUCUGCAGCCUCCGGUCAAACGGAGCUACGCGCAGAACGUCACUGUCUGGAUCAAAGCCAGUGGACUGCAGACUGAUGUCCAGAAGAUCCUGAGGAAUGCCAGGAAACUGCCAGAGAAAACACAGACCUUCUACAAGGAACUGAACCGGCUUCGUAAGGCUGCCCUGGCCUUUGGUUUCUGGGAGCUGCUGAAAGGUGUAGCGGAGCUGUUGGAGAGGGAGUGCACCCUCCUGCCAGACACAGCUCACCCAGACGCUGCCUUCCAGCUGUCCCACGCUGCCCAGCAGCUCAAACUGGCCUCCACCGGAGAUUCACAGUACUCACUCUUUGAACACAACAUCAACCCUAUGCACACAGACUUCUCUGGGGGAGGAGUCGGCGUGUAGAAGGCGGGGCAUCAACCCUAUGCACAGACUUCUCUGGGGGAGGAGUCGGCGUGUAGAAGGCGGGGCAUCAACCCUAUGCACACAGACUUCUCCGGCGUGUAGAAGGCGGGGGGAUGGACAGUUCAUGUAUGUGGACUCUUGAAAUGGCUUGCUGUGUAAACCUGUAGUGCCUGAGGACUUCUGUCACUGUAACAUAAAGGCAGGGCAAUGGCACAGCGAUCUCAACUUUACAGACAGUACACAAGGUUUUCUGGUCAUGUUUUGUAUAUAUCGUUUUAUAAACAACUUUCCUAAUUGAUA